AUGGCCUCUCGAGGGCGCGAGAGUGCCAACAGCACACAAUGCCCGCCGCUGGCCGCCCUCCAGCCAGUGCUUCUUGCCUCGCGGGGGCGGGGCCCCGGUCAAAACAAGCCAUCAGUGGCUACGGUGGCCGUAGAGCUAACGCGUCCGCUGUUUCAUUUCUGGGACGCGUGGAAGGCUAUCCCAGGCGUUUCGCCAUGGGUACUGGGAAUUAUUCAACACGGAUAUUCUCUCCAGUUCAAACGCAGACCGCCCCGAUUCAACGGCAUGGUCCCGUCACUGACUUCGCCCCGAAACCUAUCAUUUCUGAGACAGGAAGUUUUCAGUCUGCUCGAGAAAGGAGCGAUAGAGCGUGUCCCUCCAAGCGAGCAGAAAAGCGGGUUUUACAGCCGCUACUUCGUGGUGCCAAAGAGGGGUGGAGGACUCCGUCCGAUUCUGGAUCUGAGACCCAUCAACCGAGCGCUACACAAAUGCGCAUUCAGAAUGACAACACUGAAACAGAUUUUGACUCAGAUACGGCCCGGGGACUGGUUCGCCUCUGUGGAUCUAAAAGACGCGUACUUUCAUAUUCAAAUAGCGACGCACCACAGGCGCUUUCUCAGGUUUGCUUUCGAAGGCACGGCCUACCAGUAUUCGGUGCUUCCGUCUGGCCUGGCUUUGGCUCCCCGCACGUUCUCGAAGUGUGUGGACGCAGCGCUUUCUCCCCUCAGAUCGAGCGGAAUGCGCAUCUUGAAUUAUCUGGACGAUUGGCUGAUUUUAGCCCACUCGAGAGAUGUGCUAAUCAGUCACGUGGAAACGCUGCUCCGCCAUUUGGAUACGCUAGGACUGCGUGUGAAUAUGCAGAAGAGCGUGCUUUUACCGAGUCGGACUAUAACAUAUCUGGGAGUAUGUUUGGACUCGAUGGCCAUGCGAGCCCAUCUUUCUCAGGAACGCAUGGAUACAAUCUCAUCGACUUUGCGCCGUUUCAGACUGGGCAGAUCGGUUCCACUGAGGGAAUUUCAGAGGCUUCUGGGUCUUAUGGCGGCGGCCUCUUCAGGGUGCCAUCUGGGCCUGCUGCAUAUGCGACCGCUACAGCUUUGGCUAAAAGCUCGAGUUCCGCCGAGGACGUGGUCGUCGGGCCACAAACGAAUUACGGCGGACACGUCAACUUCAGGCUGGGGAGCAGUGUGCCUGGGCGCACCGGCCUCAGGCUUGUGGUCGGAGUCACAGAGAGCGUGGCACAUAAACCGUUUGGAAUUAGAAGCAGUCUCCUUAGCCCUGCAAGUCUUUCGGUCGAAAUUGGAGCGACAACAUGUACUGAUUCGAACCGACAACACGUCUGUGGUCUCGUACAUAAAUCGCCAGGGAGGCGUGCGCUCCAGAGCUCUAUUCAAACAGGCAGCGAUUCUCUUGUUGUGGGCGGACCGACACUUUCUCUCCAUAAGAGCGGCGCACAUCCCCGGUAUCCUGAACCGCGGAGCGGACAUGCUUUCGAGGAGCGGGAUUCCUCAAGGAGAAUGGAGGCUUCACCCAGGAUCGGUUCAUAUGAUUUGGGAUCGAUUCGGGAGGGCAGAAGUAGAUUUGUUUGCCACAAGCGAGAACACGCACUGUCAGACGUUUUUCUCGCUAUCUCACUCCCCACUACAGGGAGAUGCUCUGACUUCGCGCUGGCCGGAAGCCAAACUUUACGCGUUUCCUCCUGUGAAGAUUCUGCCUAUAGUUUUGUGCAAAAUCAGGGAGGAGAGAGCGUCAAUUACACUCGUGGCCCUGAACUGGCCGAAUCAGCCCUGGUUCGCGGACCUGAGAGAGUUAGUGGUGGCUCCCCCAUGGCAAAUCCCCCUCAGGAAGGACCUACUGUCUCAAGCGAACGGCACGAUAUGGCACCCCAGCCCCGAGCUGUGGAACCUUCAUGUGUGGCCGCUGCGGGGACCAGCACAGAUUGUUUCCCUGCCCACCUUAUCUGCUGAGCCGUCAGCCUCGCGCGAUGCUGAUGCUCAGAGCGCUGUUUGCCCUGUUAGGGUUCUGCGGAUGUAUGUGGAUCGCUCGGCCGCCUUUCGUCAGUCGGACCAGCUGUUCGUGUGCUUUGGUGGACGUAAUAAGGGACGUGCUGUUUCAAAACAGAGACUUUCUCACUGGAUUGUGGACGCUAUCGCGCUGGCUUACGAACGCCAGGGGAAGGAUUGUCCCCUCAACAUCAAAGCCCAUUCUGUGAGGGCAAUAUCUUCCUCCUGGGCCUGGGCUAGAGUUGUCACCGCUAAGCUGUCGACUCUGUGUUUAACUCUCAAGCUUGAGUGCUUUUGUGUUGCGUCUGCCCUGUUUAGUGCGGGCCUCACAUUUGUUGCAUGA